AUCAGCCGCCAGCUGCGGGUCUCCCACGGCUGCGUUUCCAAGAUCCUUGCUCGCUACAACGAGACCGGCUCCAUUCUGCCGGGGGCCAUCGGCGGCAGCAAGCCUCGGGUCACCACCCCCGCCGUGGUGAAGAGCAUCCGGGACUACAAGCAGGGGGACCCGGGCAUCUUCGCCUGGGAGAUCCGGGACCGGCUGCUGUCCGACGGGGUGUGCGAUAAGUACAACGUGCCCUCCGUCAGCUCCAUCAGCCGCAUCCUCAGGAAUAAAAUCGGGACUCUUUCUCAGCCGCGACCGUGCGACGGCAUCAAGGCCCCGCUGCAGUACGGCCCUGUUUACCCGUACCCGUCCUACAGCGGGCCCGGGGCCCCCUCCGGGACCAGAACCGGCAGCGGCACCGCGGGACACAUCGGCCUGCCCCGGAGCUGGCACAACUUCUUGGGCAUCAGGGCCUUCAUGGAGCCGGGAG